AUGGGCAAACACUCACUCCCCUCUCUGCCGUAUGCUUACAAUGCCCUCGAACCUUCCAUCUCGGAGGAAAUCAUGACGCUUCAUCAUACCAAGCAUCAUCAGACCUAUGUGACCAACCUCAAUGCCGCUGAAGAGCAGCUUGAAAAGUUGACUUCGGCGGGCGAUGUCAAGGGAGCCAUCGGUCUUCAACCUGCUCUAAAAUUCAACGGUGGAGGACACAUCAAUCACUCGCUUUUUUGGAAGAACCUCGCUCCUCACGGUAGCCAUGAAGCCAAAGCACCUAGCUCUGGACCCCUAUUCGAACAGAUCAACAAGGAUUUCGGAUCCCUUGACGCAUUACAAAAGGAGAUGAAUACCAAGACGGCUGCCGUUCAAGGUUCAGGAUGGGGAUGGUUGGGUUACAACAAAUCCAAUCAGACCCUCGAAGUCAUCACCACCGCCAAUCAGGAUCCUCUCUUGAGCCACGUCCCUAUCAUCGGCAUCGAUAUUUGGGAGCACGCAUUCUACCUCCAGUACAAGAAUGUCAAACCCGACUACCUCAAGGCGAUCUGGGAUGUUGUCAACUACAAAGAAGCGGAAGCCAGAUUGGUCGCUGCGAAAAAGUAG